AUGAGUGACAAAGGAGAUUCGGCCAAGAAGCAGCAACAACAGUCUCAGACGCAGCUCCCACAACAGCAGCAACAGCAGAUUCCAUCUUCUUCUCCUCUUCAUGUGGAGGAAACUUCGGCGGAGGCGAAGCCAAUUCAUCAGCAUCAUCUUCAUCACCAUCAGCCGCCGCAACCAGGAACACCGGUCGUCGGAGUCAGUGGUGGUGCCUCUCCUUUCAUUCCCACGCCUCUCUAUGUCUCCGCUGGUGCAACAGCUGGCUCUCCAUUUGACACUGCAAGUAAUAAUCCCAAAAGGACCAGAUACACUAGUGGCCAAUGGAAGCUUCUGCCUUCUCCUUCCUCUCAGCAAAUGCCUUUACUCUCUACGGAAUCAAGCCCUUCCCCAUCUCAGCUCCCACUUCAAGUUCAACCCCAAGCCCAAGCCCGUGCUUCAGCAGCUUCUUCCUCAGACACUGCCUCGUCUGAUCCUACUCACUCUCCUCCUGUGCCGUCUUCUCUUUCUCCCGCCGCCGGACAGGAAGGGAACAAGUCGGAGGGGGAACAGCAAAUUCACCAUCAAUUCAGGAAGGGGAAAUACGUGAGCCCGGUUUGGAAACCUCACGAGAUGUUGUGGCUAGCGAGAGCUUGGAGGGUCCAGUACCAAGGUGGUGGUGGUGGGUCCGAGUUGAUGGGAUCAUCUUCUAGCAGAACAGAGCAUGUAGAAAGUGGUGGUCAGGCUACUAGAGGCAAAACUAGGGCUGAUAAAGAUAGGGAAGUGGCAGAGUUUCUGCAGAGGCAUGGAGUGAAUAGAGAUGCCAAAACGGCUGGGACUAAAUGGGACAACAUGCUUGGAGAAUUCAGGAAAGUGUAUGAAUGGGAGCGAGGUGGUGAGAGACAGCAUGUUGGGAAAAGCUAUUUCAGACUCUCUCCUUAUGAGAGGAAGGUCCAUAGACUUCCUGCUUCUUUCGAUGAAGAAGUUUUUGAAGAGCUUUCUCAAUUCAUGGGUUCCAGAAUGAGAACUUCCCACGCCAGAGGUGCUGCUUCUUCCUCCAUUAUUGUCGGUGGAGAUGAUUCUCGGACAAGAGCACUGCCCCCACCUCCGCCGUUUAAAGAAGAUGACCUUCCACUCUCAGCUAGGACAAAGCAAUUGGGGAUGACAAGUGGCGGUGAAGCAUUAUUUCAUGGUCCUCGAGGUAUGAUAUUAGGGUUGGAGUCUCCCUUGGAAAUUGCAGGUCCUUCGUUGGCUUCUUCUUCAAAGGACCUCCGACGAAUUGGGAAGAUAAGAAUGACAUGGGAGGAAUCAGUGAACUUGUGGGCUGAAGAAGGUGAACUUCACAGAGGGAGAGUGAGGCUUCAAGGUUCAAGCUUUCUGAAGGCAGAUGAACUGUCCUUCUUUGACGAUUCAAUGGUGCUUUGCACCAUGGAGAAUUUCGAAGAUGGUCCCUUAAAAGGUUUCUCUGUUGAUAGAUUCGUUUCCGGACAACAAGUCAAAGUCUUUGGCAGAAGAAAGUAUUCUUCCUCAGCCUCUGCUUCGACUUCUGGUUUUCCUGAAAGAGUUCAGCUCCCAUACACAGAACCUUUGAUAAGAUCAACGCCUCCGUGGGAAUUUCAGGAUCCAACCGAUUACUACAUGGGAUGCUUACGUGUCUCGCCACCAUCACUACCAACGUUGUAUGAGCUGUCGUGGCACAUCCAGGAGCCUCCAAUGGAAGAACUUCGCUUUCCACUGAGGAGGGAUGUGUACAAGGACUUGCCUCAAGGGAAGGAGCUAUUCUUCACAACUUCAUCUGAACCGUUGGAUUGUAGGGCCAUCAUGUACGAAGUCGUAGGUCCAAUCAUUCGACCCAACCCUAGUCUCUCUCACGCCACUUCAUCCACUCGAGAGUCUCUCAUUUCUCUCUGGGAUGACUGCAUCAAUAGGGUCGUCUCCAAGUUCUGUCCCUUGGAAAUUCUCAUCACCAGGAAACCCAGUGCUACUACUACUUCAGGUAAUAAUAAUUCCACUGAGUUAUUGCAAGAUCAAUGGCCUAAUGUUACUGGUUUCGUGAGAAAUUAUUGCUUGUGGAGAGGAGAAGAGACUGAUCAAUUCAAAGAGGGUCAACUUGAUCCAGCAACGACAAUAGCAGAGAAGCUCUUGUGGACAUAUCUUGAUCUCCCAUAUAUCCUCGGAUACUACGCUGUCGGUCACGUGGUAACAUUCUGUGCACUGAGUAGGUCACAAGACCGAAUCACUCGUACUGAUUUAUACACUCUCGACCUAUCUUCACCCGCAGAGAGAAUCAAAGCUUUAGUUCCGUGUUACAGAAUCGGUACGUUGCUUCCUUUGUUAGCUGAGAGGUGCUUCCAUAUUAACAAUGGUGGGAAUUAUAAGCUGUUCACUUACAGUGACUUUGAAAGAGUGGAUUUGGGAAACGGGAAUGUAAUGGAGAUGACGCCCAACACAUGCACGAGAAUAUUUCAGAGUAAGAGAAAAUGGGCUGCGGUGAAAGAAAUUUACGAAAUCUUAGACCAUCGAAUCCCACACGCUGAGUUCAUAUUCAGGUCGUGCGAGAAAGAUCUGAACUUGGUGUUUAAACCCAGAGGGUGCAAGAUCAAGCCUGAGAAUUGCGAACAAUUAGUGGAGGCGCUCAAGUACGUGACGAAAGCUUUGGUCGCUCUACACGACUUGUCCUUCAUGCAUCGAGACUUGGGUUGGGACAAGGUGAUGAGGAGGUGCGACAGAGAGAACGAGUGGUUCGUGUGUGGAUUCGACGAGGCGGUGGGAGCGCCGCAGCUUUACCCGUACAUGGUGGCGGGCGGGGCGGGGGGAGAGGGGGCGGCGCGUGGGAGACAUGCGCCGGAGAUGGGAAGGGGAUUACACACAGUGAAGGUGGACGUGUGGGGAGUGGGAUAUCUGAUAAAGACAAGCUCGCUGUCUGGUUUGCCCAAGAUGCUGAGAGAGCUUCAGAAUCGGUGCAUGGAACAAAACGCUGAGCAGAGGCCAACGGCGGCCGACUGCUACCACCACCUGUUGCAGUUGCAGUCAUCACUGUCAGGUGCCGCCGGUGGAGGGUUGAUGUGAUUGAGAACGAUAUAUUAAUGCUUCAUUGUUUAACGAAUGUCUCACAAAUGCCAUAUUGGCGUUGGAAAUUGCGAGUUAAAGUGAUGGUGAUAUUAUUAUUAUUCUUUAAAUUUGAUGAUUUUCGAUGAUGAUGCUUUUGAAGUUUAAAGCGGGAGAAAGAAAAAGGAGAGGGAGGGAGCUGGAGGGUGUCAUCGGAGGAAGAAAUGGCGGCUACUGUGGAUUGGAAGGAGUGUGAGACAGCUUCUUAUCAAAUCAAAUCAAGGAACAGUUUUCUCAGUUUUGCAUUGGUGCGUCUCGAAUGUGAGAUGAUGAUAUGGCAUUGUUUGGCUACAUGAUUAUUGAUUCUGUUCUUCAACUAGGAUAGGUGAGUCUUAAUUAAUCUUUUCCUUCAUAUU